AUGGAAUUCGCAACAAUUACAAAACCAAAAUGUACCUUAACCGAGUUGAUAUUUAUUCACAAGAAAUUAUUCAAACUUUCUGCUCAAGAGAAUUCAAUAUUCAAUUUAUCGGCAAAUUUUUACACGAAUUAUGGUCCACGUUCUGUCCGGUGGUCAAUUUGUUUUUCGGGUUACACAACUGUUGCAAUAAAUUGCACGGAUUCUUAUUCAAUUCCACCACGAGGCAAAUAUAAAAUUUCUGCAAAAGCAAUUUCAAAACAAAGUAUGGAAAUAUCAACCGAAUUAAUAUUUGAAAGAAAUAUAAUUGAUGUAUGGAAUACGGAAUUUUUGACGAAAAUUUCGAAUAUUUUGGAUUCAUCCGAUUUUUUUGGUUGCACACUAAAAUUACAAUAUGAAUUACGAUUUGAAGCAAAUGAAUUUAUUCAAGUUAAUCCUUGGCUAUUUUCAACAACAUUUGCUAGAGUAAAUAUACCGACAAAUCUACCGUAUAAUGAUUACCGUUCUGUAAUGUGUGCUAAAGCUAUUGAAAAUCCUGAUUUUACAAUACAUACAAAAGAUGGAAUAAUCGAAACGGUACGAUAUUUAUUGUAUCUUACGAUCGAUCGAAUACAUAGCGAAAUAGAUGCUAAUCCAAGCAUUCAAUCGAUUGUGAUUGAACAUCGAAAAGAAUCAGUUGAACAGAAAGGUAUUCGCAUUGGAAAGGCGGAAAUUACAAGUUAUUGUGAUAAUGUUAAGAUUUUUGUUGAUAACAUGUGCAAAUUUGAGAAUAAGUCACUUGUUAAUAAGUUAUCAGAUAGAAUUGAAUUGUAA